UAUUGGCCACAAAAACUACCUCCGUUAAUUAUUAUUUUUUUCGGUCGAGUCACCUGUUCUGAGCUUUCAAAUUUCGGUCAAAAGUUUUGACACGUCUCCCUAACCUAAUUUUUGAAAUGUAUUAGAACAAUUUGUUUUGUUUAAAAAGUGAAAAUGCACCGCGCUGCAAACCCUAGCGAGGACAAAACCGAUCUUCAAGUUCAGCAGAAUGUGACAAACUGGCAGUCGUCCAGCAACCCCUUGGCCCCCUUGUCCGACGAGCAACUGGACAUUAUUUACCAAGUGGGGGACUUGAUUAGGAGUGAAGUCGGUGCCAAGGAGCCCCACAAGAAAGAGACCGACACAGAAGACACGUCUGAGGUGAUGCCCGUUGUUGACACAAACCGGGCUUACAUCAAGUGGAUGAUUUCGUCAGAAAAUGAUAUAAAAUACGAAAAUUUGAAAGAGUACCAGGCCUAUUACCAAACGCUCUGCGAGCAGAGUGCCAAUUGCGCGAAAUUAUUUGGCUGUGCCGACGAAACUUCCAAUUUGUUGCAAGACUUGAGGUGUAAAUAUUUGCAAGUUACGGCAAAAACAGACUCGUUGCAUAACCUAAGUGAGCAGUUAAUGACUCACCAGAGGAUACUUAAAGAGAAGAAAAAAAGUUUGAACGAGAAGCUGCACUACUUUUUGAUUUUUAAAACAACCCAGGAGAGCAUUGAGCGCUACUCCCACAAAAUCAAUACUCAGGAGUACAUCGACCUCUUGAACAACAUUGACGAUGCUAUUGCCUAUCUUGGGGAACAUAUAAAUUUCAAGGAAUCGAGGAUUUAUAAAAUGAAAUAUGAGAGUUUGCUAGUAAACGCGUUAAAUAAAAUUUACAGGGCCGUCAGCACGGUCAUAGUGGAGGCCACAAAGCAGGUGCUUGACCCCGACUCUAAAACAAACAUUGUGCCAUUAAAUUCCAACUCAGCUGAGUCCAUGGAUAGCGCGUUUGCACUCUAUUAUGGCAAGUUCCAAAGUGCUGCCACUAAAAUCAAGUUGAUACUUGCACAUCUUGAGGAAAAAUCAACGAAAAAUGAGCACUACCAGAACAUUAUCAGCGAUUGCCAAAAGUUUUACGUGUCGCAGCGCCUCCCGAUCUUGAGCACAGCGGUCUCAAAAGCGGUGGCAGAACUGAAGGAGAAAUACAGAACUGACUACAGUAUUUUGUUCAGGUCUUGUGGCCUUUUCGUGAUGAAAACUUGCCAAGACGAGGCAAGCUGUUACCACUACUUCUUCAACGAGUAUUCGUUUGAAUUCAAUGACUAUUUGCGCGUUCUGUGCCAACACUUGUACGACGCGCUGAGGCCAAGCUUAAUAACGAUAAACCACGUCGAAGUUUUGAGCGAAUUGUGCGGCAUUUUGCAGAAGGAAAUGCUCGUUGAAAAAACGCUCAACAACGAUCAUCUUUCGAAAUACGUCGAAGUCGUGAAACAGUUGUUACAAGACGCGGAGGAACGGCUCGUUUUCCGCACUAAUAUUUUUUUCCAGCACGAUUUAUUGUCUUAUAAUCCCUCACCGGGUGAUUUGGCUUAUCCCGAGAAAUUAGAGCAGAUGGAAAAUAUCACUCUAGAGUUGCAAGACGCACGCACAGAUUCACGCGCGUCAGUUGUCUCUUUGGAAUCGCAAGAGGUUGCGAGCAUUAAUUCAAAUAAUCCAUUGGGUCAUUUCAGAUCAUACACCGGAAAUUCUCCCGCCGAUUUGCAUGGAAUGUGGUAUCCCACGGUCAAACGCACUCUUGUUAUUUUAUCGCGGCUGUAUUUUUGUCUAGACAGGGAAACAUUCCAAGGUUUGGCUCAGGAAGCUUUACUUAUUUGUAUUCAAACGGUGCAACACGCUGCUAAUCUUAUAUCGGCGAGAAAAUCGGAAAUUGACGGCCGAUUAUUCCAAAUCAAACACUUGCUAAUCAUCCGUGAGCAAAUCGCUCCGUUUCAAGUCGAUUUCACUGUGAAAGAAAUGAGUUUGGACUUUAGUAGCGUCCAAAAGGCCGCUGUUGAAUUACUGAACAAACGUGAUAGAUUGUUCACUUUUGGGAGCAAUAAUGCGCUUUUGGAAUUUCUCCUAGAAGGCACUCCACGUGUCCGAGAGUAUCUUGUAGACUCGAGGAAAGAAAUAGACAAGCAAUUGAAACAAUCGUGUGAGGCGUUUAUUACUUGUGCCACUAAUUGCUUGACUGGUAAUCUGCAAAACUGGCGGAAAAAGGUGGCGCAAGUUCAAGCGACAAACACCGAGGAAAACACUGUAAUCAUCCCGCAACAAGAGUUUGGCAAAGCCAAAUCUAUCGCUGAUAUAAUUAGCGAAACUUUGAAGAACAUGAAACUAAAAGUUCCGGAAAUACAGAGGUCUAUGCAACUGUACCUUGCUAAUAGAGAAACGGAGUUUAUUCUAUUCCGUCCGAUUAAAAAUAAUGUAAUUAACGUUUUUGUGCAAGUUGGGCAAACGUUGGCCACUUGCGGAUACAGUGAUGAGGAGUUACUCCUGAUUGGUUGUCCGUCGCCUGAACAAAUCAACGUUUUGAUCUGUUCAGUGUCGCUAACUGCCGAACAGGACUACAAUAUGGGGAAACAACCAUAGGAAUUAUUUAUUUCAAUAAACUAAUUAAUAGUU